AUGACGCACGGCGCGAUCCUCAGUGCCGCCAUGACAGCAUUCAGCACCUGGCAUUGCGUGACGGACGAGCUGGUCAUGCAUUCUGCGCUGUUCGGUGUAAUGAUCGCAGCAAUAGGAAUCAAGACACGUUCUAUAAUCAGUGCGCGGGUCUCCGAUCCCAUCGUCAGGGCAGAUGUCAAGAGCCUAGCUACAUGGGGCGCUGCAAUCUUCGUAAGCGGCUUCGUAAUCUGGAAUAUCGACACGAUGCUAUGCGCCCAUCUGACAGCUAUGAAACGCUCGAUGGGCAUGCCGUGGUCUUUUGCAUUGGAGUUGCAUGGGUGGUGGCAUCUUUUUACAGGGCUGGGUGCUUAUAUAUUCAUCGCGCUCGUGGAAUACCUCACGUCAGAAGAAGCAGGCCAGUCUCUAAGCGCGCGGUUCGCAUGGCCUGUGGGGUAUAUCAUUACAGGGAAAUCCGGAUCCGGAGCCAGAGGCGACGGCAAUGCCAACGGAAAUGCGAAAGCCAAUGGAAAUGGAAAGGGAAAUGGAGCGACGAAUGGACAUGCAUAUGCAAGCGGAACCACGAAGAAGAAUUCGUAA